UGAACACAGAUGAGCUAAGCCUGGGGCGCUGGAUAAACCUCUACUAGUUAAGUUGUUUCCUUCAUAUUAAGAGAAGGGACGGCUUGCCAGGUAACUGGGUGGGGCCCUCUAGUAUGAUACCAGUACGGUAGGUAGAUGAAGCUAGGCGGUUUCAGUUCUAUUGUCCGCAGUUGAGCUAAGUAGAGUUAGCUGCUGUUGUUGUGGCCUGUAGCCCAGCUAAGCUAGCUGUUAGCCUCAGCUGGUUCACGGAGCUCUACUCAUCACAUCUCAAAGACGAGAUAUGAAAAUGGCACAUAUUUGCUGCUAACUUAGAGGAUCCGGUUGGUUGUCCUUCUGAAGGGAGGUGUGGUUUUGGCCAGGGACCAGAUCCCAGCUAUGAGAGCUUCUGCUCUGUGAUUGACUUCUCAUAAUCAUGGAGUUGUAUUGGUACAUAGUUGUUAUCAUAUUCAUCAUCAUCAAGAUUUUCUUCUAUGUCUGCUGGUACCGAUCGAGACAAAGGCAACUGGCAGCAUACCUGAGCAACCCACGCAAUGCUCAGAUUGUCAUUGUUGGAGGAAGGGCCUACCUUCAUCAGAUGUGUGAAAGACAGAGUCAAACGUCUGUGUGGCCAAGUUGGUACGGUGUUCAGGAUGACCUGUCAGUAGAGGAGCCCUCCACGGCCCUGCCACCAGCUGCAUCCUUCUCCCACCUGGACAUGCCACCACCAUAUGAGGCGGUCUCUGGAGAGGACGAUCUGAAGCCACCUCCCUACAGCGAGUGCGCAAAUGGUGAUGAGGCCGACACCGCCCGCCCCUCUCGACUCACCCCUCUGAUUUCUGAGGCUGGAGCGGACAACGUCAGUGUAAACGAAGCCCCGCCCCCUUACACACCAUCUCCUUCUACACAAAUCAGUCCACCGGAUGGCCCAGUGAGCCACAGCGAGCCCCAGCCAGAGAGCAGGUCCGCUUAAUCAAUCCCUAACGCCAGUUUGCCUUUUUCCAUGCACUGCCUUCCUACAUUCAACCUCAGUGAUCGUUGCCAGCCUAACUCUCAGCACGAGAGGAGAAGUUUAUUUGAAUGCGACUGUGUGUGUGAGUGUGAAUGUGUAUGUGCGUUUGUGUUUGGUGGUUUUUAGAGUUGUUUUUCUACCUUGUAUUGUUUAAAAAAAGUGGUCAUCUGAUGAGUUUGGCAAUAACAGAUGACAUCAGCAAGCCUGUGUGCCUCAGACUCUGCCUCCCAGCUAUGAUGAAGAGAAUCCCCAUGAUUUCUAAGGUUAAUGGGAACCAGUGAGACACAUCAGCAGAGAGAACCAAACAUUCAAAUGUGCUCUUUUUAUUGUAAAGAUGUUUCUAGAUGUCUGACCCACUUCCUUUCAUAGAUCUAACAGGACUGAUCAUAUUCACACAAUGGUUUUUUUCCCCUGGCAUCAUGCUUAGCACAAGAAGGUCAAAGGUCACACUGCUGAGGUACAGGGUUGCUUUUUCAUACUAACACAAGAAGUCCAAUAAAAGGUGAAGUUACUGCCUUUGAUUCACAACUGACAAUACAAGAAAAAGUUUAAAUUUCUGGAGGAAAUUGCACUUAGCAUAACAAUAAUCCAAGUCUUUGAAAUUAUAAUCCAAAACACUGUCAGCUGUUGGUGCAUGAUUAGCAUGCUAAUAUGGUUUAUUAUCUUUACAUACUACUUGAUAUCCUUUCAGAAUAAAGUUGUCACUAUACCAGAUUUUAAACUUAAUACAGUUUUUGUUUAAAAAUCAGAUAACAGCUUCAGUAAAGUGUUAAAAACAAUAAAAUAUACUGUAAAAGUGUUA